UUCGCAGGGCCACCGUCCAAAGUACCCGUCAGUGGAGUCCCCGUUAGAGGGGCGCCGAGAGGACCUGGAGGCCAGGGACUCCUUCCUGGGGAAGCUGUGCCGAGGCAGGCUGGCCCUGGCGCAGGGGCUGGCCGCGGACGCGGAGAAGCUGUGGCAGCAGGCCGCGGCGGAGUUCCCGAGGCGCGUCGAGCCGCUGGUGGAGCUGUGGCAGCUGCACUCGUGGCAGGGGGCCCACAAGAAGGCCGUGCUGGUGAUGCAGAGAGCGGUGGACUCGGCCACGAGCCCAGAGAGUGAGCUCGGGCAGUACGUGACGGUCGACGUCGACGUGCUCCUCAGGCACAAGGCGUGGGCCGGCGCCGCCGGCACAUUGGGGCUGGAACACGUGGCGCACCUCCUGCUGGGCAGGUCCCUGCGGCGCUGCGGCCUCUGGACCGACGCCUGGAACGCCCUGCAGGCCGGGAACGGCGGCUGCAGCGGCCCCGCUCCCGGCCCCUUCGCGUACCAGCUGGUCAAGGUGUGCGUGGCGGCGCUGCAGGACCUGAUCGCCCAGGCGCAGCAGCGGCAGGGGGCGGGCGCGAUAGGAGGGCAGCCCGGCGCCGCGGGCGCCGAGGCCGCCGCCGCCGCGGCGGGCCCCGAGGCGGCCGCCCUGGCGCUCUGGGCCGGCCGGGCCCGCUCGCAGCUGCAGGCCUUCUCGCAGCACGAGCGCACCGACGCCGACAGGCGGAAGGGCUCGCAGUGGCGGAGCCGGCUCGGCGUCUGCCUGGAGCUCAUGGAGGACCUGGAGAGGCGGCCGCAGCCAGACGCGCCCGCGCCGCAGGACCUGCCCGAGCGGUGAUCCGGGCCGCCGCUGCGCAGAGGGCCAUGGCAGCUUGGCCCGCGCACGGCCGCCGCGGGCGGAGGCCGGAGCGGAGGCCGGCGCAGACAAGGCGCUCCUCCCUCGGAGAGCCCGGCGGGCCUCUCGGCGUGCAGGUCCGGCCUCCGUGCGGCGGGCGCCCUUCCGCCGUGGCGGGGCCCCUGCCAGGUUUUCUGUUGGUGGUUGGUUGGCUCUCGAGCAGGGGGAACGCAGCGGGGCUCGGAUGCGACGGCUCGGCCAGACGGCCGGGCGCGGGGCUGCAGACGCGGACGCGUGGAGGCGCACGCCGAGAGGGGCGCAGAGGC